CUGCUGCAUGAGCGUUGAGGUGACACCAUCUGUCGGUUUGAAUGAAGAAAUUGUAGAACUCAUUUACAUUUUCAGUCUGCUGACCAGUGUUGGCUUCAUGGUGUGUGUCGCCCUGGAAAGGUAUUUGGUCGUCGCCUGGCCACUGUGGUACCGCUUCAGACGAACCAUCAAGAUCCCUGUGGUGGUCUGUGUCGUGGUCUGGGUCUUUACUCUUGUCUUUCUCCUCACUUUCUAUUUCUGCUUUGAUGGUACGGUCACACUCACCAUAUUCGCUGUCUACCUCCUCCUUCCCUUCCCACUGCUCAUAUUCUUCAUGGUUGGGACCCUCAAAGCUCUGUCUGCCAGCACUGUCCGCUCUGAUGAAAAACGAAGAAUCGUGGGAGUUUUGGUUCUGGUGCUGCUUAUUUACACACUGCUGUUCAUGCCCAGUGUCAUCUGGUACCUGUCAGAGGAAGCAAGAAAUAACUUUACCUUUGAGUCACUGUCUGGCAUUUUUCUGAUGUUCAGUCCUCUUGCAGACUUAUUUCUGUAUGUGUUCAUGAGGAAAGGGAUCAUAGACAAGCUUUUGGCCUCUGUGUGUUGUUGCAGAAUGGACAGCAAUGAUAUCAGCAGAUCACCAGGAAAUGAUGACAACAUUCACACAGUCAGCUCUGUGUAGGCAGAGAAAGAGGGAGAGAGAGAAAGGAGAGAAAACAGAA